AUGGAGGAUAUUCUCUUUGAUCUUAAACAGAAAUUUGCUCAGAAGGGCAAUAAGUUAACACUAGAUUAGCUUAAAUAAAUAUUGAGUGAAAAUGCUAGUUUUGAAUAGAAUCUACUUGGUCAGAAUGUGAAUAAGUACUUUGACGUACUUGAUAAAGACAAGGAUGGAUAUCUUAAUUUCUCUGAUUUAGUGUCACCAGUACUGCCAAUUCUUGAUCAAAGCUUCGUAUUUUCUCUGCUAUAGACUAGUAACGGAGGCAAAGUGUGCUAACUUGGGGAUUUGCUAGAUGCAUCAGCUUUGCUUUAAGAUCCUUCAAUAGCUAUCCUGCUUGGUCAAAUGCUUUAAACAUUCCAAAACAAAGAUUCAAUUGAUGAGACUGAAUUCUCAAAUGCCAUUAUGAGACUGGAGAAGCGAUUACUCUAGUUCGUGACUGGAAGUGCAUAUUUGGUUGGAAAUAGAAAUCUCCAUGAAUUUACAUUGAGUCUUAAAGACUACAGCAAGAUUGGUGAAGUAGGGGGUUAAGAUGAAGUAUAGGACAAUGCUCAUGAGGAAGAGUAGCUAGAUGACAUUACAAACUUAAAUACAAUUACUGAUUUGAUUAAAAAGGCCAAAGUAAAUUAAUCGUAGCAGUAAGUGGCCAAGUCACUCUCAAGAAAGGAGGUGAGUGCUUUAGAAACUCUGUAGAUGAACUAUAGUAUAAUUUAAAGUGAGAACUCUGUAUUAAGAGCCUAAAACUAAGAUCUUUUAGAGUACAAAGUUAAAUUCGAAAAACUAUAAGACGAUAUCUAAAACGGGCUAAUAUCUUCAGCAAUUGAUGGUAAAUAGAUACUCUAAGAGUUCAAAGAGCAAAAUGAAAACCAAUUGAAACUGAUAGAAACUCUUAAGAAUGAACUGGAAAGAAUUAAGAAGGAAAAUGAUAUAUAUAAAAGAUUUAAUAAAAGCUAAAGAAAGGAUAAUAAGAGUGACGUAUUGUAGAAGUUGAUUGAAAAGAGUGAGUAGGAGUGUGUGGAUUUGAAGAAUGUGCAACUGAAAAAGAUCGCUAAGAUGGAAGAAGAUUUAAACAAGUAAAUAACUCAAGAUGAAGAUGACUUUGGAAUCAGUUCUAGAAGUGAGGUAGUCCUAGAGAAAUCUACUGAUGUUUCAACAUUGAAAAAUGUCUUUGAAGGCCCUGCCGCCUAAGAGCAAGCACUUUAAAAGAGAAUUAGUUAAGUAGAAGUUGAGCUCAUCAAAUCUAAGAACCUUGUUGAUAAGAGACUAAGUGAGACUGACAUUAAGUUAGGAGACUUGAAGAAAAUAUAAGAAAGUUCUGAGUUGUAAGAUAUACCUGAGGAUGAGGAGACAAAGGAAGAAGUGGUACUCUCGCUUAAUGAUAAACUUAGAGAACUCGGUAAACUUGGACUGAACCCCAUUUAAUAUCAGCUUGAAAGAAUGCUUCUUGACUAAUAAAGCUAGAGAUUUGAUAAUGUUUAGCCUUAUCUGAUUAAACUAAACUAAGAGUAAUUGGUGUCUCAAUUCUCAGAAGAGGAAAAUAUGUUGAUUUCACAUAACAUGAAGACAGCAGCUCAAGAAGAGCUCCAUGAAUCAGUUUAUAUUGUGAGAGGAAACAACAGCACAUUUAAGAUUAAUUCAAAGCAAAAGAAGCAAGAUAUCACAGUGAUAGUAACAAAGUCGCAUCUUUAUGUAUUAAGGUCAGAUUUCGAGAUCGAGGAUCUGUUACCUUUGACAAACGUUGAGUCAGUGAUCCUUUCAACUGAUCAACAUUAAGUAUUGGCUGUUCAUUCAAUUGAUAGGCCAGAUGUAUUGCUUGAAGUUGGAAACAAGAGAACUGAACUAGUCUCAGUGCUUUUGCAAGUAUUUGAAACAAGCAGUCUACCAAGAUUCAAAAUCUAUGCUUCAAAGACUAUACUUAUUAAGGAGGAAUUCGAUGUUCAUGAAGCCAAGCCAGUAAAGCUAAACAAGAACGAUGAUGAAGAGUCAAAGGAUGAGGCAGAGGAGUAGGAUGCUGAAAUAUCGAAUGAGAUGCCAGCUGAGAACUUCUUCCAGCAAAUGUACAGGAACUCCUACCAUGAAGUAGACAAGUAUCACAAGUAGUAUGAUGACUUGAGGAACUUGCUGCUCAAGCUGGACAAGACUUUCACUCAAAAGAUGGUUGAUGAUAUUUAUCUCAGAUGCGUUAGGGUGGGCAUGAUAAUGAAGAAAACCUAGAAGAUGUUCAAGGGAUGGACUCAGAAGUUCUGUGUGAUUACCAACGCUGGAAUGGUCUACUUCAACACUCAGAAGAAAGGAGAUCUCGACCCUAGAAAAUUCUACCCUCUUAAUGACUUCUAAAUCAAAGAAGUUGAUGAGAAAACUGCCAAGAGGAAAUUCGCAUUCAAGAUAAUCUUUGAAAGAAAAGAGAUAUGCAAGGAAUUGCUGUUGGCUGCUCUCACUCAAGCCGAGAAGGAUCAGUGGAUCAUUGCCUUGAAGGAGCACUAGAGACAGUUGUACGAUGCUAGAAUCUAGGUAUUCCAGCAUAAACUAUAAGAACUCAAAGCGCAGCAGCAUUGA